AAUAGAGUGUAACAAUAUCACAUUCUCAUUAUAAGUAUGUGUUGUUAUUUAUUAUUGAUUUCAUUAAUUAUAUAGAUAACUAGAAUUCAAUUCAAGAAAUUGGUGAGUGAACAAUUUGCUCAGAUUGUUACUUUACACAUAGGUGAGGCUUAUGCUAUGCAAAACAUUACAAAAACUGAUAGACUUGGACUGCUUAUGUCCGGAAAAGCAAAUGUUCUCCAAGAUCAUCAACUUUUGCAUCCCAUAGGACCAUGUGAUUUUUUGGAUUCUCCUGAAUUUGAAAGCAGAGGGUCUUCCGAAGACAAAUUUAAGGUUUCAGUAAUUGCUGCAACAACUUGUCGAUAUAUAUUUUGGCAAAGAUCAGCAUUAGAAUAUUUGUUUGUGAAAGAAACAUACUUAGGCACUGUAUUAGCUACUUUAGUUGCAAAAGAUAUAACCAUUAAACUUUACUCUAUGAACAAUAAAAUUAUGACAGAUAAAGGAUCACAUUUAGAUAUCAGGUUACCAAGUAUUACUCCAGCCUUAGCAUCAAAAGAAUGUAAGCCACCAAUUGUGAAAACAUUAAAAAAACUAGCGGUGAUUUCAUCACAUUGUCCUAUAACAUCUAUACCAGCUGGUAAAUGUAUUUCAUAAAUUUUUAAUUUGUGUUUUUGCAUUCAGUUAAAUUUAUUUACCUACCUUUACCUUGCGAUUGUCUAGUUAUAGAGCAUUUAUGACUGUUAUCUAAAAGUAAAAAUUUAAAUAUUACUACAUUACAUGAAUGAAUUAAUUGAUUCUUUAUUUACCUACUAUAGUGACAAAAGACACUUUGUUGUAGUACAAACAAUUUGUCAGGACAGUGAAAAACAUUUAUACCAACGUUUGUAUUCU